CGCCGCUGCCCUGCCACCGACAGUUGCGAACGCAAGCACGCCAUCUGGACCGAAAUUCGCAUUUUCAUUUAUUGACAAAAAUGAAAACUCGUCGUCGUAAUUAUAAAUGUGUAUAAACGGUUUAUAGGUCAUUAAAUUAGUCUUGGGUAUUUACCCGAGGGAUAAAAAUAGUAAACAAGUAGAAGGUUUAUGGAUAUUUUGUAUACCUACCUAAACAACUAGCGUUGACCUUUUUUUUUCUUUUUCUCGCUCUUUCAAGUUGCUGAGAUUUUGUGAUAAUAAAUCCAAAUCGUCGCUCGCGUAUUUAUCAGUGAACUUGCUUCGGUGGUGGUUGCAAUCGAGCCCAGCGAGUUUUCAUGAGAAGCCCGCCGAACCCUAUGCUGUGGCAUUGUGAUACUACCCAAAAUACGAGUAUGGAAAAUUGCAAUAGCGGUACGUAUUACUCAAACGAAACCAGUCCGGUGCCUGGAAGAAGAACUCCGUUGGGAACUGUUGGACUAGGUGGAUAUUACUACCCUUCGUCCGGAUCAGGUGUACCGUCCAAUGAAAACAGACCUUCGCCUCCGCUGCCGGCCACGCAUCAUCAUCAUUCGGAAAAUAGAAUUCCGGAGCCAUCUCAAUCAUGUAACACGAUAAACGCGCCGAAUACCGGAACCGGAGGCAAGUCGAAAUCACGCCAAGGCAAAAUGGUCCGAUUAAAUAUAAAUGCUCGAGAACGUCGACGUAUGCACGAUUUGAACGACGCUUUGGAUGAACUUCGAGGUGUCAUACCCUACGCUCAUUCGCCUUCCGUCCGAAAACUGUCCAAGAUUGCUACUUUACUAUUGGCUAAAAACUACAUACUUAUGCAGGCCAACGCGUUGGAAGAAUUACGCAGGCUCAUUACCUAUUUGCAAGCUCAAGGAACGAUGACAAUGCCACCCGGAUUCGAUUUACAAGCAGCUAUGUACCCGAUCAAAAUGCAACCUCAGAUGACACCUCCGUCGCCGACUCGUUCUCCGUCUCCUAUACCUUAAGUUUAAUAAACGCGUAGUUUUUACGUAAAUAUUAUUGUAAUUCCUGCCCCGGUCUCAUUAUUUCGAGCGCAUUUCUGCAAAUCGAGGCUCGAGUUCGUCCAAAAAUGCUUUCAUUUCGAUGAUUUAAGAUUUCUCGAGCUACACGAGUAAGUUCUAUAUUUUUUGUCACUGAUGUACCAUUCCGGUGGUGGGAAUUUAAAAGCAAUAUGGUUGUUUUUUUUUCCUAUUUAAGGCGCGUAUUUUCGCGUCGAUGCAGUCAUUAAAUUAUUUAUUAUAUAGUCGAACUUUUAUAUGUGUAAUUGAAAUUUAUAGAAAUUCGUAUUGGUUAUACGUAUUUUUAAAAUAUAUGCAUGUUUAUUGGCCAUUUA